AUGAGCGAAACAGGAGAUCUUAAGAAGGACUUCAAGUCUGCAAUAUGUAUCGCACCACCAAUUGAACUGUGCGACCAACUUCAAGUGUGGCGUAGCCUCUACGAUUCAGCUUACAAUCGAUGGAUGCCACAUAUCAACCUGAUAUUCCCAUUUGUUACACUGGAACAAUUUGAUAAUAAGUUUAAUGAGUUGCAGACUGUCAUUGGAAAGAUACCAGCGUUCAAGCUGCGUUUCGAUGACUUCUCCUACUUCCAACAUGGUAAGGGAAAGUGUGUUGUUUGGAUGAAGCCUACAACAGACAGACCCAAUGUCAUUGCCGAUAUUCAAGCAGCACUGGAGUCUGUUCUCGUUGGUUUCAACGAGCAGAGUUCCAAGUCUCCCAAUGGAUUCUGUCCACACAUGACUGUUGGUCAGUUUGGUGGAAAGAAGGCAACAGAGGAGAAGAUAGCAGGAUUCAGGGGUGUGCUGAGACCGAUCGAGACAGAUGUCACCGAGAUACAGAUGAUCAAUCGAGUUGGUCAGGACACACCGUUCACAGUCGUCAAGACAUUGAAGCUUGGUGUGGGUCUGCCUUGA